GGCGACGCUUCGUGUAUUUCCGUCUUUUUUCGGCUGGUUACAUGAAGAUGGAAUCUCCCAGUAAGAACUGGUUGCAACCGGUUGUUGGAUUUUUUUUGUGAGGGAAAAGACGAGCAGUAGUGAAAAAGCUCCCCACAUUCACUCCGCGAUAACACAUAUAAUAUAUAUUUUAGCAUAUUCAAUUGCAUUUUCAAAGCUUUAAGAUUUGCAGAGAGAUUAAAGAAACAAAGAGAGAAAAAGGCGCAUCAUCUUUAAGUUUGCACAGUAUUGCACAUCAAGACGCUAAUUUAUUUUCAACUGCAAUUCUGUAAGAAAGGAGGGGACGAAAAAGCGCACAAGAAAGCAAAAUAUCUCAUCAUUAUUGGAACAACUGUUGCCAACUGUUUUCGCUAAAGACCAAAGAGACUUUCUAUUUCGCUCCAGGAGCGGAGGAAAUAUUUUUUUAUUUUUUUCAUCUGAAAUAAAUCACAACUAAAAUUAAGGAGAAUCUCGAGAAGGGAUUUGCAAACCAUUUGGACCCCAUGCCAACAAUUAUGACUACCGACCACCCUGCACGUCAGCUUCUGGACUUUAACCAGAAGCUAGACAUCAACCUGUUGGAUAACGUGGUAAAUUGUUUGUAUCAUGGGGAAGGCCCUCAGCAACGAAUGGCACAAGAAAUAUUAACUCAUUUGAAGGAACAUCCAGAUGCGUGGACCAGGGUAGACACCAUUUUAGAGUUUUCCCAGAAUAUGAACACAAAGUACUAUGCCUUGCAAAUACUGGAAAAUGUGAUUAAAACACGUUGGAAAAUACUUCCCAGAAAUCAAUGUGAAGGAAUAAAAAAAUAUGUUGUGGGUUUAAUUAUUAAAACAUCGUCUGAGACCUUGGAGAAAGAUAAAGUUUAUCUGGGAAAACUGAAUAUGAUUCUUGUACAGAUCCUCAAACACGAGUGGCCCAAAAAUUGGCCUACGUUCAUCAGCGAUAUAGUAGGAGCCAGCAGGACCAGUGAGUCUUUGUGUCAGAAUAACAUGGUCAUUUUAAAGCUGCUCAGUGAAGAGGUGUUCGACUUCUCCAGUGGGCAGAUGACGCAGGUGAAAGCCAAGCAUUUAAAAGACAGUAUGUGCAAUGAAUUCUCUCAGAUAUUUCAGCUCUGUCAGUUUGUGAUGGAGAACUCUCAGAAUGCCCCUUUAGUCCACGCAACACUGGAGACUUUGCUGCGAUUUCUGAACUGGAUCCCUUUAGGUUACAUCUUUGAAACCAAGCUCAUCACUAGCUUGGUGUACAAGUUUCUGAAUGUGCCCAUGUUUCGGAACGUGACGUUGAAGUGUUUGACUGAGAUUGCUGGCGUCAAUGUCAGUCAGUAUGAUGAACAGUUCGUCUCCUUGUUUACAUUAACACUCAUUCAGCUCAAACAGAUGUUACCUGCCAAUACAAACAUACGGCUGGCAUAUGCAAAUGGAAAGGACGAUGAGCAGAAUUUCAUCCAGAACCUGAGUCUCUUCUUGUGCACUUUCUUGAAGGAGCAUGGCACCUUGGUAGAAAGAACACUGGAGCUCAGAGAGGCACUCUUGGACGGUCUACACUACAUGAUCCUGAUAUCAGAAGUGGAGGAGAUUGAGAUUUUUAAAAUUUGUUUGGAGUACUGGAAUCACCUAGCAGGAGAGCUUUAUCGCGAGAAUCCCUUUUCCAUCAGUGCCUCUCCUGCUCUGGGGAAUCCUCACAGUGAUGUGCCUCCUCGGAGACAGAUCUACCUCCCAGUGCUAUCGAAGGUGAGGCUUAUAAUGAUCAGCCGAAUGGCAAAACCAGAAGAGGUGCUUGUGGUAGAGAAUGAACAGGGAGAAGUAGUUCGGGAAUUCAUGAAAGACACAGACUCCAUCAAUUUGUACAAGACUAUGAGGGAGACGCUUGUGUACCUCACACAUUUAGACUACGCUGACACUGAAUGCAUUAUGACUGAAAAGUUGCACAACCAAGUGAACGGUACAGAAUGGUCAUGGAAGAAUCUCAACACACUUUGCUGGGCCAUUGGCUCCAUCAGUGGCGCAAUGCAUGAAGAGGAUGAGAAACGUUUCCUCGUCACAGUCAUCAAGGAUUUGUUAGGUCUCUGUGAACAAAAACGUGGGAAAGAUAACAAGGCCAUUAUUGCCUCCAAUAUAAUGUACGUGGUGGGGCAGUAUCCCAGGUUCCUGCGAGCCCAUUGGAAGUUCCUGAAGACUGUGGUGAACAAGCUCUUCGAGUUUAUGCACGAGACACACGAUGGAGUGCAGGAUAUGGCUUGUGACACAUUUAUCAAGAUUGCACAGAAAUGUCGACGUCAUUUUGUACAAGUGCAGGUGGGAGAGGUGAUGCCUUUCAUCGACGAGAUCUUGACCAACAUCAACACCAUCAUAUGUGAUCUACAGCCUCAUCAAGUUCACACAUUCUAUGAAGCUGUUGGUUACAUGAUUGGAGCUCAAACUGACCAGACCGUCCAGGAACAUCUGAUUGAAAAGUACAUGCUUCUGCCUAACCAGGUCUGGGACAGCAUCAUUCAGCAAGCAACCAAGAACGUGGAUAUUCUGAAGGACGCAGAGACUGUGAAGCAGCUUGGGAGCAUUCUGAAGACCAACGUGAGAGCCUGCAAGGCUGUUGGACACCCAUUUGUAAUCCAGCUGGGACGGAUAUAUCUGGACAUGCUCAACGUGUACAAGUGCUUGAGUGAGAAUAUCUCAGCUGCUAUCCAGGCAAAUGGUGAAGUUGUUACCAAGCAGCCGUUAAUCAAAAGCAUGAGGACAGUGAAGAGGGAGACACUGAAACUGAUAUCUGGGUGGGUGAGCCGGUCAUCGGACCCGCAGCUGGUUGCGGAAAACUUCGUGCCCCCGCUGCUUGAUGCGGUGCUGAUCGACUACCAGAGGAAUGUCCCUGCAGCCCGAGAGCCUGAAGUGUUGAGUACCAUGGCCACGAUAGUGAACAAACUGGAGAACCACAUCACUGCGGAGGUCCCGCAGAUCUUUGACGCCUUGUUUGAGUGCACUCUGGAAAUGAUCAACAAGGAUUUUGAGGAGUAUCCCGAGCACAGGACUAACUUCUUUCUGCUUCUUCAAGCAGUCAAUAGUCACUGUUUCCCUGCCUUCCUGAACAUACCUCCAGCCCAGUUCAAAUUGGUUCUUGACUCCAUUAUCUGGGCUUUCAAACACACCAUGAGGAACGUGGCUGACACAGGUUUGUCUAUACUUUAUACCUUGCUGCAGAACGUAGCACAGGAAGAAGCAGCUGCUCAGAGCUUUUACCAAACCUAUUUCUGUGACGUUCUCCAACAUAUAUUCUCCGUAGUGACGGAUACGUCGCACACUGCUGGGUUGACGAUGCACGCUACCAUCUUGGCAUACAUGUUCAGCUUGGUGGAAGAUGGCCGAAUCACUUUGUCUUUGAGCCCAGCGACUCCCAACGUUAACAAUCAGAUCUUCGUGCAGGAGUUUGUGGCCAAUUUGCUGAAAACUGCCUUCCCUCACCUCCAGGAUGCACAGAUCAAAAUUUUUGUGACUGGCUUGUUCAGCUUAAACCAAGACAUUCCAUCUUUCAAAGAACAUUUGAGAGAUUUCCUUGUACAGAUAAAGGAAUUUGGUGGAGAGGACACUUCGGACUUGUUCCUGGAAGAGAGAGAAUCAGCCUUGCGCCAGGCUCAGGAGGAGAAGAGAAAGCUUCAGAUGACGGUGCCUGGAAUAUUAAACCCACACGAAAUCGCAGAGGAGAUGUGUGACUGAAUGAACCCAAAGUGUUGAGAGGGUAGCAGGGGUGGGUGGGGAAUGAAUGACAAAGGGGCAGUGAAGAAGAGAAUUAGUGAAAAGGACAGUGGAACAGAUCCUCUAUCCAUCAUGUAUGGAGGGAUGUUUUAAGAUUCCAGUUUUGUUUCCAUAUAGCUCGGCAGCGGUUGGUCAGAGGAGCAGGGGAUGUUAUCACUUAACAGUUCACUUUUUUUUCCCUUUCUGGGUAAGACCCAUGUUUGCAAAUUGUCAACCCAAAUGUCUAAAUCUGCAGCUGCUCAUCCUCAGCUGGGCAAGCAGAGUUCAUCUUAAACAUGCUGAAUCUCUUGUUGAGGUAAGACCGGUUGGUUGGCUUAGCAAGAACGGCAUCAAGUUGUAUAGGGCUAGAUGAUUUGACUGAAUUGAUCCAAGUGUUUGAAAAAGGGCAGGGUGGCGGUGAAUAAAAGCCCUGGAGGGGAAGUUAUUCAUUUUGCACAAGUACUGAGAAUGGUUUGGGGGAGGUUUAAAAAAGAGACUUGGUUAGUUGAGUUGUUCGUUGAUGUCCAGGAGGGUUUGAGUUGGGGAUAGGGUGACGGAUCCACCCGGUGUAGCUUAUAACCUGCUCGUGCUAACAUGUAUACAUGCUGUGAAUUUUUCAACAUGUGCCUAGCCACAAACCCCUUCUUCAACCCCAGCCUCCCCGUCCCACCCUCUUCAUCGAGAGAAAAUGCCAGGCUGUGCCUCCUAGUUAGCAGGGUGUUGUGGCAACUGUUUGUUGUCUGCAAACUAUGAAACAAGGUAGGUUCAGUGGGGAGGAAGGAGUGGGUCUCCUCGUGGGUUUGAAAGGAUUCUGCUCAGUGAGGAGGGAGGGUUGGGGUAAGGAUUUCGAAAUAUUUUAAGACAUAUCAGCACUUCAGUUUUUAAAGGAACCGUUCUCUCCUUUUGAUGCCAAACGUGCCGGUUUUUGUGCAACACUUUUGUUCUGUGUGUGCGUGUGUAAACAGUGUUGGGGCACAUUCGCUCCGCUGAGAAGAAGGUACCACAGCUGGGCUGUGCGGGUGCAGCUGGUUUCUGUCUCACGAGAGGUGUGAUAUUUCAUUCAUUCCAUUACACCUCACCAUUUUAGUUCCUGGCUGUCCUGCUGCUGCUGCCGCCUGUCUCUCCUUGUGUCCUCGCCCUGUCUGUCUCUCUGUGCCCUGCCCUUGGUCUGUCUGUCUGUGCACUCGUUCCCAUCUGUCUCUCCUCUGUUCUUCCCAGAACUUGCGCUCUCAAAGGCCUUUUCCCCCAAUUGUCCUGCGUGGUCUCCUCUCCAUUCUGCUCCCCUACCUUUUGUCGGCUAACUCCAGAUCACUAUCUUGUGGAGUUUAAACUUCUGCAGACAUUGAAAUGUAAGGAAUCAAUGGAUCAUAAAUAUUCUGCGGUCUGUAUUUUUGCUGUCCUUGGUUUUCCUGUUUUCUCUCUGUCUCAAUUUGCGUGUGUCCUAUUCUGCCGACACCACUAGGACUUCGCUUUGGAAAAGGAAGAUAUCUGAUUAGACGGGCACUGAGUUUAAAAUAGCUUAAAGUUCCAAUUCAAACUUGUUGUUUCUGUUGGUGGUGGUGGUGACAGGAACGGGAAUAAUCCUAACGGAAACCAUCCUGUUUGGAGCCAGGAAAGAGGGGCUUGGGGAGAAAGUUUGCCUGGGUUUGAUUGACUGGAAUAUUCAACUGGCUCACCAGUUCACUCCUCUACUGAACACAAAUGUUAAAUCACCCGAUGAAUGGGUUAAUUGAGCAGCAGAAGGAAAUGCCUAAUGAGUAGAGGGUAAUUUUGAUUAAGGAAGAGAGAUUGAGAGCAUUUGCUUUAAGAACCAAACCAGAAUAAACCCCUGUUUCACUCUGUUCCACAUGCAUCUUUCCAUUCAUUAUUGGUGGCCUGUUUCCCUGUAUCCCUAAUAAAUGAGGGGGCCCUCUGUGGUACAUCUGUGAUGUUAGUUUAUGAAUUAUUGGAGCAUGUCUUGUGUUCUUUCAUUUUAAACAAUCCUUUUGUCCUUGCAGUAAUUCCAGCUCCUCUUCCUAUGGCUGUGGGGAACAGGACCUUGAAAGGGAUGGCAUAAUCUUUCAAAACGGGGAGAGAUAGUUAACAGUGAACUCAUUGAGAAGUGCCACAGGACUGAUUUAGAGUUCUGCUCUGUCAUUCCUACUUAAAAUGAUCAAAAAGGGAGGAUAAGAUAAACUCGUGGCCUGCUAUUUCUCCCUUAAUAUGUGAACAAGUCUCGGUUUUCAAACACUUAGUUUAUGUGCUGAGUUAAUCCAUAAAGUGUACCAUCGCACAAUAUCCUGUGGCACUGCUGCAUGUGUAGCAACAUGUGCUGUGGGUGGUAGGUAUUUUUGUAAAACUGAUAUAUCCUGUUCAACAAAAACAUUUCAAACAGCUUGCUAGUGUUUGGUCCAAGAGUAUCUUUUAUUUAGACACUCUAAAUCUCAUUGCAAACAAGGCAGAUUGACAUUGUACCCACUUUCAUGCAGAUAUUUUCAUUUCAACACCUCAAUGUCUUUUUAAAUUAGCUCUGAUAUUUCUAGAGGUGAAUUUGUCUGACAUGACAGAUUUUUGUUCCUUAGUGCCUCUUUUAUUUUUCAUGUAAAAUAAAAACCUUUUGAGUCAUUAAUUGGACAAUCAGUUAAGCCUCUUCAUCUCACACAGUCCUGUCCAAGAAAAGCAAAGUUGGUAGAUUACUGUAUUAAAAUAUUGCAUCUCUUUCCUUACCUCUGCCUUAUUCUCUGCACCUUGUCUGGGUCAAGUUGUGCCGUUGGGAAGGUAGGGGUGGGGGAGAAAGCUGGGGUUAAUUCUGUAUUCGUGGCAGACACCAGAAAUAAUCUGCCUGGGUCUCACUAACAUUGUGUUAUACACGCAUAUACAGUAAUAGUGUUCUACCCACAGUGUGUGCGCCUGUGCAAAUGGGGUUCUCUUAUGUGCAUCAUCUGAUUCUGUUUAAUGCUUUGAGGAAUUGACUAUGGACUGUCUUUGUCUUUCAAUACUUGUACAGAAAGUCUUGUUUAAAAUCUGUGUAAUUUAACUGUGUUACACUGUAUUAGAAAACGCUUUUUUGUUGGCAGAAUUUGUAGCAGGAUAUUGCAAGUGAACCUAGGAGCCUGCAACCUCCUGCUAAUCAGAGUACCUCCCUCCUUUUUUAAAACAAACUUGUACAGGUUGUAAUUAAGAUGAUUAGAAUAGAAAUGUUGACAUUUUUUUAAUAAAUACGAUUCGAUAAAUUAGUCGGCAGUUGCAUUUUACUGGUGAGUUUGUUGUGACGUGUAUCACAUGUUUUGUACUUUGUGUUUAAACUGGCUUGUGUGCUAACCCAUAAAAUACUUGCUUCCAUUCUGCUAUUUUUUAUUAAUUUUAAACAAUUCAUUUUUCCUCUGUGAAGAGUGAUCUAAAUGCAGCAGGACUUCAAAUGAUUUUAAGAGUGUCACUCUGGUUCACUUUGAGAAGUGUGUGUGUGUGUACUAAAUAAUGUGCACUACGUCUUGUUUUGAAAGAAAAACACCAAAGCACGUCACUAACAAUAAGGUGGCUGGCUUUCGUUGCUAGUUACAGUCAUGUGUGGUUGAGCACUCACCUUGCACAAGCUCGCUUUGACCCAUUUCUUCCUCCCCCACACUGGACCAGUUGAUGUCGAGUCACUGAGAGCCUUUCUCUGUGCUUACUCUUUUCUGAUGUUUUAGUUGAAGGACAAAGGUGUGUGGUGGGCCAGUGAACAGAAAUGGUUUUGCCCCCUCUUUUUGUUCUAGUUUAAUAGUGGAAAUUACAGCCACCAAGUGGUGAUUCUAAACCAAACUGUCCACUUCUAUUGGAAGCAGGGAUGAACCAUGAAAGUUAGAGACAUGCUGUUGAAUUCCAGUGUUAUUCCAAAUAUGUCUUUUCAAUGACUUUUCACAGGAACAUUGCAGACACGUGGUGCGAGAGAUUACCAGUUGAAUUUUAUACAGUGAAAUGAACAUCUUUCUGGAACUCUUCCUGUGCAAACUUGGCAACUGAAGCAUCCUUCAGAAUAAUAUCAAUAAAUUCUAGAGUCCCAUACAAACAGAGAUAAUAAGUAAUAUAUAUUUUAAAAAAUUGUGAUUAGAUUUAAUUUAGAAACAAGAACAAAAAUUCAGAUGAUGAAAAACUGAAAUAAAAAAACAUGAAACACUCAGCAAGUCCAAAGCAUCCAUGGAAAGAGAACAGCUAAUGGUUCAAGAUACUUUGUCAGAAAUGGGGGAAAAGAUUUUAAAAUUUGUCAUUAUGGCUCAAAUUUUCAUUUUUUACUGGUAUAGUUUGACGUGCCCAUUAGCCUUCCUAUUAAAAUGAUGCACUGCACAGUCAAAGAAACAUUAAUGUGUUUCUAACUGCUGCAUUAACUCAUUCAUUUCUGCCUUAUCGGAGAUAUUCCCUUUGUUCUAACAAUGCCUCCUCCACAUCUGCUACUGGAAACCAACGUGUUUUCUUUCUUUCCCGGUUCUGACAAAGGUUUCAGAUACAGAACUUUUAGCUGUUUCUCUUUCCACAGAUGCUGCCUGACUUGUAGAGUGUUUCCAGCACUUUUGUGUUUUUAAUUUGGGACGAUUCAGUGUGUAAGCUCUGAUUUUCCGUGAACUGCUAUUUAAUAUUUAAGAGUCUAGAGGAGGAAUCCAAAAAUAAUACACUGCACUGAACACAGUUUUUGAUUAGUUAAGUAUAACUAUUACAAAAAUAAACUUUAAAAUACAAUGGUCAAUGAAGAUUACAUACACACUAACUAUAAUCAUUAUCAAUAUUGCAUUACAGUAGCCAGAAUCGUGAACCUACUUGCUGCUGAGAGUUUUGGUGAUUGUUACAUUGCCAGGGACACAGAGUGUAGAGGGACAUAGUUGGGAUUUCCACUGUGUAUAUUAGGCCAUUAUAAGAGGGUGUAGCCAUUGAUCUAAUAAUUGAAAAGACAACCAUUCAAGAACCUAAUUUCUCCUCCUUAUUCCCCAUACCCAUUGCCGCAAUCCAUUGAUUCUUAAAUGUUUCCUGAUUUUUGUUUUCGCUCCCUCCUGUGGUUUCCAACUGGAAGCCUAUGUAUUGAUUGUGUGUUUUCUAUACCAGCUCUCUCGCCAUUUGAUUAAUUCUUUUUGUGAACAACCCAAUAGCAUUCUGCAGCAUGUCGUAAUACAAAUAAUUUAACAUCUCAGAGUUGUACAAUAGCUUGCAACACACUCUAGCCUAUAGUCUGCACAAAAAUACAUGGACAGCAUUGCUUUUAAGUGAGAAGAUGGUCUUGAUUGGCUCCCAGUAUCACUUUCCUUCCUUAGAUUCCAGCACUAACUCUGUGUCCCUGCUUUUCACCCUCCCCUCUCUUCUCUUCCUCCCCCCCAACCUACAUCUCUCCCUUUCCCUUUUUAAUUGUCUGCUUCAACCUAUUACCCACCUGCCUCUCUCUCCCAACUCCAUCCCUUCCCUCCCCCACUUGGCUCCUUCUUCCUGCCAUCCUUCCACCCCAUGGUCGCUGUAUCAUUCCUCUUUACACUGGCUAACUUCCCUCACCACACACAAUUCUGACGUAGGCUCUCCAGCCCAAACAUCGACAACUCCUCUCCCCUCUCCGAUACAGCUUAACCCACUGAGUUCCUCCAGUAAUUUGUUUUUUGACUUGGUCUUGAUUGUUCAAUUUCAGUUUCUAUUGACUAGAAUAUUUUAUUUUUCUGCGAUACAAUAAUCUUGACUUUUAACAUAUUCCAAGUUGUAAUCUUCAUCUUAGUGUGUUGUAAUACCCAAAGUAUGCUCUCUUAUUCUGAAGGAACUGCAACCAGUUUUAUUUUCUUCCAGUUGUGGGGUAACCUGUUUGUGAAGUUAGUCAGUCAAUGACAAGUGGUAAAUCUUGCUCAAUUUAAGUAUUUGAUUCCAACACUGGCUCUGUGUCCCUGCUUUUCACCCUCUAAGUUGGUGAGCAGUGUGGUGGUGAACAGGGUUACCUUGUCAUCCAGUAACGUUUUGGGUAGUUUUUGUAAGACAUUCCGUUGUCGUUGCGAUCUUUUCAUUAAAUGUCCCUAUGCACAGCAUCUGUAUGAACAGCUGAGCCUUUGCCAACUUGUCCUUCUGAUGUUUGUUAGUAUGAGUUGUGAUGACCCUUCCCUGCUUCUGUAUCCUUAUUUGAAGUUGGCAAAAUUGUACAUGAGGUUCUGCUUCUGCACCAGUAUGUGUGUUAAGGUGGGUAAAUUUCACAAGUUUACAGCACAUUUAUGGCUUUAAUAUUACAAAUGUGGUUUUUGAUGAAAAGGUGUGAAAUCUGCAAUAAAUCCAAUUAUUUCUCUGCUGUCGUCUCCAAAACUACAAGGAAAAACAUUGUACAAAAUUGCAUUGUUUUAAUUUUGUUCUAUAUAGUGAAUAUUUACUAGCUGAGAAAGUACAUCAAGCAAGGUUUUAUUUCUAAGAGUGAAUUUAUUUUUUACUGGUUUUAAGUGUGUGAUAUAGACAAGUAAGACUCCAUUGUUUUAUUAAUUUCACUUGUACAUCUGCCUAUAUCAUUAAAAUAUAGAGACGAUGACAGUAUUGUUCCCUAUCUCAUGGGUGGUUGAGAAACCCCUUUGUUAAUAGUAGCUAUGUGCUUUUUCCUCUUCACCAUUCUGGGUAGGUAAAUGAGGUAACAAACUCUGUGGUAUUACUGAUUUAAUAUUGAGAACAUUUUCAAAGAAGUUAACUUUAUACCACUUAUGCUUACACGGAUUGAGUUUUAUUUAUAUUUUUACUCAUUAAUUCAGUUUAUACUUUGGGGCAAGUUAAUAUCAAAAUACUUGCUGAAAGAUUGGAUGACAUCUGAGUGAUAAAUGACUUUGAAUUUAACAGGCAGCAUUAGAGCUCAAAAAAAGCCAAAUGCUCAGCAGGUUUAUUGAUUUUUAAAAGGAGGUGGAGAGGUACUAACAGCAACACAAACACAAUGCUGGAGGAACGCGGCAGGCCAAGCAGUGUCUAUGGAAGGACAUGGGCAGUCGAUGGUUUUGGUCAAGACCCUUCAUCAGGACUGGAAAGAGGGGAGAAGCCCCUUGAAACAUUGACUGCCCAUCUCCCUCCAUAGAUGCUGCCUGACCUGUUGAAUUCCUCCAGCAUUGUGUUACUCCAGAUUUCUAGCAUCUGCAGUCUCUCUUGUGUCUCCAGGUACUAACAGCAACUGUGGUAAACUGCAUUCACAAGUUUUUUUUAAUAUAUAUAUAUAUAUAAUAUAAAAACUGACCCCCUCUUUGUCCAUCUCCCAUACUCCAAUGUGCAUUAGAAAGAUUUUCAUUGGGUUUCAUGAAAAUGUUUUCUUAAAAACAGCUGGAUAAGUAUCUGGCAAAUGUGGAAAUGCAAAAUUUAAAAACUGUUUUAAGGUUCAGAGAUUGUGUGUGUGUUAAAUUCUUCAAUUGCUGGUGUUUGCAAGAUUUACUGUUAUUUCCAGUGUAAACACCUAAUUGACCUUGGAUAACUGUAACUAAGAUCUUAAUGCUGAUAUGUGAAAACUUAUCUAAAUUCUAAUGAAGUAUUGACUGGCAUUCUUUAAUUGGAGUGCUUGAUUGUACCUUUUCAUAUGUCCCAUAUCUGGGACUAAAAUGUAAAGAAAAAAAACUGCCUUAAAUUGACUGCUCCAUUUGUCUUUAUGUUGCAUAUUUAUGCUUGAAGUUGAAUUGUUUGCUUGACUAAAGACUGCAACCACUAGCAAUGCCUUCAAAGCAAUGGGUUGAGGCAGUCCCAUAGUAAAGAAAACAGGUAUACAUGUAGCACCUUUUGUAACUCAAUAUGCCAAAGUCAAUCUAGUAUCUGAAGUCUAGGAGGAGCUGCUUAUUUUGUGCAUGUAUGGCCAUCUCAUUAAU